AUGUCUUAUCCCGAUCCACCUCCGCCGCCGCCGUCAUUUUACGGCGGCGAAUCCGGUGGGUAUUGGGCGGCGCCUCAAUUCCCGAUUAACAGCGAAGAUCCAAAUUCGUUCUACCCAGUACCAGUACCUGAAAACCCAGAUCCGUAUAACAUAGCAAUGGAUUCCUCGAACAACAUUCAAGUCCAAUCUAUGAAUCAGAUGAACAGGGGAAAUGGAAAUGGAAAUGGAAAUGGUAAUGGUAAUGGUAAUGGAAAUGCAAAUGGGAAUGGGACAGUUCAUAUAUUUUACAAGACUCGUAUAUGUCAAAAAUUCUUAGAAGGGAAAUGUUGGGUUGGUGAACGUUGCACAUUUGCUCAUGGAAAUGAAGAUUUGAGGGAUCCAGUUCCGAAUUGGCAAGAGAUUGUUGCAUCAAAAGAUAGGGAUAAAGGUGUAGCGAAUUGGAAUGAUGAUCAGAAGAUAAUCCAGAGGAUGAAGAUUUGCAGAAAGUUCUACAAUGGUGAUUCAUGUCCUUAUGGAGACAAAUGCAAUUUCCUUCAUGAGGAACCGUCCAAGUUUAGAAGUCCUGAGGAUAACAGGGAGAUUAGAGAAAGCUCUGUUAUAAACAUAGGAACAACUGUUAACAGAAACAACAACAAUUCUGAUCAUGGUCAUCAUGGUCAUGGUCAGAAUGAUUUGAUCAAUCCGACAUUUUGGAAGAGUAGGGUUUGUACAAAAUGGGAGACAACGGGUUUCUGUCCGUUUGGAGAAAGAUGCCAGUUUGGUCAUGGGGUCAUAGGUAUGAAAUUGUUAUUUUGUGGUGGAAGCAAUGAGGGUGUGGCUGUGAAACCGAUGGAAAGUGGAGAGGUUAAGACACAUGGAUUUAAGAAUUGGAAGGAGAAAUGGAUGCAUAAAACAUCGAAGAAGAUUAAUGGAAUCUAUGGAGAUUGGUUGGAGGGUAUGUCGCCGCCCCGCGAAUGGGUCGAAUAG